AUGCCGACAGCGAAGGAAGACACAUGGGCGUUUCAGCCAAUCGGCUCGCCGUUUCCCGAAGCGCCGGUUCGUGUGCCGAAUCAGCAGAACAUGUACGUCGCGUUGUGGUACAAACACGGCAAGCCGAUUCAUGGUCGCGCGUGGAGCAACGACGGCGUCGUCGAGUGCUCGUUCGCCUACAACAAGGCCGAGCUCAAAGGCAAACAGGAUCUCGGCGGUCAGAUUCAGAUUUUGACGUACAAGGGCGACUACAACUCGCUCGGCUACUGGUACGAGUGGCUGCCGUUGAAGCAGCGGCAUGAGAACAACGAGGGCGUUCGCGAGAUUGUGCGCUGCGGCAACUCGGUGCCGGUGCUCGGCAAACUCGCCGACGGCACCGACAAGCUCGGCUUUCUCGACCUCAACACCGAGGUCGCGUUGUUCGCCAACAACGGCAAAGUCGAGCGAUUCGAGGGCGGCGCCACCAACGAUUUUCUCACCAUCUACCGUAAUCUCAAGCCGCCGCCAACCGGCAAAAAGGUCUACGACGAUUUGUGGCACGACAUUCGCUACGGCGACACGUUUCCGGCGAACGCGCUUCCCGCCGACGGACGCGCUCUCACCACCGAGACCGGACCGCACAUGCAGUACGUCGCGUUGUGGUACAAGCACGGCGAGCCGGUGUUUGGGCGCGCUUAUCCGGGCGCGGCGAACAAGACGCAAGCGCACUUUGGAAUGAACAAUCAGGAGAACGCCGGACCCGAGAUUGGAUCGAUGCAGCUUCUCACCACACCAGAAGCCUCAUGUAUGGGUCUUGAGUACAAAUGGAUGCCCUUGGCUGAAGGAAAAUCGUCUGGCUGGACGACUGUGCACAUUGGAAACGCGGCUCCGUGCAUUUUGAAGGACGAGAAAGGAUUUGAAGUUCUUGGCAACAUCUGCCUGACGACCGAGAAGGCGUCUGCUGGAUGGGGAGGAAAAGAGAAGGUGAUCACCGGAGGACCAGUGGCUUCCCUUAAAGUGUUGUUCAAAAGACGAAUCAAUUAA